CCAACAAACGUCAAACAACCAAUCUCAGCUGAGAGGUGACUGACUGCUUGACGUUGUGUGGCUUGCUCCUGUGUUCUUUCAUGUUGAGAAUUAUUGUGGGUAAAUUCUGAGAAAUAGUUUUUGCAGUUAUACGUACAAGAUUCCUUCAUCAUGAGUGAACUAAGUCAAGAGGAGAUCAGAAGACGUCGGCUAGCAAGGCUAGCAGCACUCAGCAGCCCCGCGGGGGCUACGACCCCCGCCAGCCCUCCCGUGACCCCGGGUGCCUCGGCCCCCGACGCACAGACAUCCCCACAGACCCCUGCACACUUUUCCCCCGUCGCGGCGCCGCGAGGCUCCACCACUACUCCCUGCUCACCUUCAGAUGCCACCAAUGCCAACAAAGAGCCAGCUUACUCAGACGCAGACAAUAAAAACAAAGUAUCUGAUGAGACCAAAAUACCAGCAGAUGGUAUAAUUGUUACUGAAAAAACUGACAAUAACUUACUAGAUGAAAUGCCUGACACAAAAAUGACAGACUUGUCUCAGACAAGACAGUACAAUAGUUUUGAUUCAAUGGGCCAUGAAGCUUUGUUAUUAAGAUGUGGACCCGUGAGAGUUGGGAGCUUACCACAGCCGACAGGUGGCUCAGAAGGAGCUUCCACAAGGGAAGACAGUACAUCUCGAUCAGUGUCACCACCUCAGUUUGCUGAACCAUCCCCAGUGCGACCGAGGCCAAGCAAUGCAUCUCCCAGUUGUUCACGGAGAUCCCUAUCCAUGGAAGUUGACGAUACAUCAGAACGAAAUUCACAAUCAGAACAGCAGCCUGAACCAAUGGAGAUUGAAGAUAAUGACUCAUCACAAUCACCGGCACGCAAGAUUUACAGACCUAGAACAGUGAGCUGUUCCGAACUGACGGAAGACCAGCUGCGGCACAUCAUCUCCAAGAUCCUGCAGGUGUCCUGGUCAGAGGAUAGUGCUGGAGGUAUUUUUGUGCCAUCUGUAGCAGCUUCUUUACUCGACAACCCUAAGUUAAGUCUGAAUGAAAUAGCAUCAGAAGCAGUCAUGGAUGUCAUCACACAGAUAGCUGAUGGCUCAGAUCCUCUAAACCAAAAACUCAUUGCAGUAUCUGAAACUUCAAAGAGAUUAAGUGAAGAUUGCGGAGAUGACACACUGACGAAUGGUCCUCUCGGAUCAGAAUCUGACAUAGAUAAAUCUGAGACAUGCCCGGCGCCAUCAUUGCCCAUGCCAAAAACCAUCCCCACUCAGGGUCUAGUUGUUAGUUAUAUUUUGAAAUUCUACAAUAACAUCAACAUAUAUGAAAGAGAACAUCCAAAGAAAAGUUCAGAACCGCCUCUGAGCGAUCUGCUGCUAAACUUGAGAUCGCUGCUAGUGAACCAUCUAGUGCUAGUCCUCCAGGGAGCCUUCGACCUGGAGAAGUGUCGGAAAUCGCCACUGCUACCUUACAUUCUGAUCGGAAACACUCCAAUAGGGCUCAUUCCGGAGCUGCUGCAAGGGACAUACGAGGAUAAGGAAGUUUUCGAAGAGGUGUUCGUGCCGCUGCUGAUGGGCAUCCGCGAGGAGAUGCGGCGCUGCGUGUCGGCGGCGGUGGGGCGCGGGCACGGCGCGGCGCUGCGCGCGCUGCGCUCGCUGUGCUCGCUGCGCUGCGGCGCGCGGCUGGCGGCGCGGCCGCUGUGCGCGCUGCUGGCGCGGCUGCCCAGCCUGUGCCCCGCGCCCGCCACCACGGCGCCCGGCCGGGAGAUCGCGCGCGCCAGUUUCCUGGGGCCUUUCUUUGCUAUAUCCCUAUUCGCGGAGGAGAACCCCCGCCUAGCGGAGCGGCUGUUCGCGACGGGCUCGGGCGACCGCAGCCUCGCGUUCGCCUUGCAGCGCGAGGUGGAGGCGAGCCGCAACACGCUGCACAACGUGUGCCACAACAUCCUGCUGUGCCCCGACGCGCGCGAGCCCUUCCUCAACUACUUCGCCGCCAUACUGCAGCGCAACGAGCGGAGGGCGCAGAUGCUCACGGAUGAAAGAUCGUUGGCAGGCGAUGGGUGGAUGCUGAACGUGUGCUCCGUGCUGCAGCUGCUGUCGGUGCGCAUCAAGCUGGAGCGCGUGUUCCCGCUGUACACGUUCCACCCGGACGCGGUGGCGCGCGUGCGCAACGACACGCGGCUUGGCUUCUCGGCCAACGAGGCGGCUGAUUGGCUCGCCGCGCUUAACGCGGACCCCGAGCACAAGUGGCCGGAGGCGAAGUUCCAGACGGUGUGCUGGUUCCUGACGCUGCACAUGCACCACGUGGCGCUCAUCCCCGCGCUGCACACGCACCAGCGGCGCAUCAGAGCGUUCCGCGACCUGCAGAAGGUGAUCGAGGAGAUGAUGGCGGGCGAGCCUGCGUGGAGGAACACCAUCGCCGCGCUGCGCAACCGCGAGCUGCUGCGCCGCUGGCGCCGGCAGAUCAAGAGGCUACACAGAUCGAAACAAUGCGCGGAAACGGCGCUUCUAGACUCGGAGCUGAUGCGUCGCAGCGUGCAGUUCUACUCGUCCGUGUGCGCCCUGCUGUGCCGCCUGCUGCAGCGGCAGCUGGGGGCGGCGGGGGCGGGCGCGGGGGCCGCGGGGCCCGCGGCGGGGGGGGGGGGGGGGGCCGGCGAGGGGCUGGCCGCGGACGCCUUCCGCGCCACGCCCGAGUGGUACGCCGAGGACGUCGCAGAGUUUAUGCUCUUUGCUGUGCAAUACGUGCCUCAGAUAGUGGCGGACUAUAUAGAAGACCCGAUCAUCACGUGGCUGCUGAGCGCCAUCUGCCACUCGCACCUUAUCAAGAACCCCUACCUCGUCGCCAAGAUCGUCGAGGUGCUCUUUGUCAUCAACCUCUCCGUGCCGCUCAAGCUAAAGAAUGUAUACGAAAAGUUCAUGGACCACCCGAUGUCGCAAACGCUGCUGGCGAGCGCGCUGAUGAAGUUCUACACGGACAUCGAGACGACGGGCCAGAGCACGGAGUUCUACGACAAGUUCACCAUCCGCUUCCACAUCAGCAUCAUUCUGAAGGGCAUGUGGGAGCGGCCUAUACAUAAACAGGCUAUCGUAAAGGAAUCACGCUCCGGGCGGCAGUUCGUGAAGUUCAUCAACAUGCUGAUGAAUGACACCACAUUCCUGCUUGACGAGUGUCUUACAUACCUGAAGCGCAUCCACGAGGCGCAGGAGUCGCAGCUGGCGGGCGCGGCGUCGGAGGCGCGCGCAAGGGCGCUGGCGCAGGACGAGCGCCAGUGCCGCUCCUACCUCACGCUGGCUAGGGAGACGGUGGACAUGCUGGAGUAUCUCACGGUAGAAAUCAAGGAGCCGUUCCUGCGGCCCGAGCUGGUGGACCGGCUCGCCUCCAUGCUCAACUUCAACCUGCAGCAGCUCUGCGGGCCCAAGUGCAACAACCUCAAGGUGCGCCGCCCCGAGAAGUACGGCUGGGAGCCGCGGCGGCUGCUGAGCCAGCUGGUGGACAUCUACCUGCACCUCGACUCGCCGCACUUCCACGCCGCGCUCGCCGCCGACGAGAGGUCAUUCCGCAAGCAGUUGUUCGAGGAGGCGGCAGUGCGGCUCGCCAAGUCCUGCAUUAAGACUCCCUCCGAGAUCGAGCGUUUCAAGGCCCUCGCAGACAACGCUUAUCAAAUCGCCAUAUCAAACCAACAAAAGAGCGACGAGUUCGCGGACGCGCCCGAAGAGUUCCGUGAUCCGCUCAUGGACACGCUCAUGUCGGACCCCGUCUACCUGCCCUCCGGAAAGGUGAUGGACCGGUCGGUGAUAUUGCGCCAUCUGCUCAACAGUGCUACCGACCCAUUCAACCGGCAGCCGCUCACUGAAGACCAACUUCGCCCAGCGACUGAACUAAAAGAGAAGAUCAUCCAAUGGCAGCGCGAAAAGAAGUCGUCGUAAGUCGUGAAAGCCAACGUAUAAAGUCUGAUGUAUAUAAUCUAAUACAUAAUAAAGACUUGCGCCGGUAUUCCGGUGCUACGCGGACUAUUGUCCACUUAGUAGGAGACUGAAAUAGCGCGGCGCUAAACUGAAAUGCUAUUUGGUUUUUAAUGAACACUUAUACUAACCAGUUUUACAUCGUGACUACACAAGAUAAUAGUGAUUUUAUUAUUUCCAAACACGAUACAAUGUAACAAGAUAUCAUUAAUGGUAACACCGACCAUAGCAUGUUCUCUAUAGUGCCCUGCUGUGCCCCAUUUCAGUUUCUUAGGUCCUUGUG